CUCCGGCGCACAGGGAAAGCGGCAGCAGGGGGCAGUGCGCGGCAACAGCGCUUCUCCCGGAGCGGAAGCCCUGGGGCGGACCCCGGCGGGCGCGGAGCUGUCUGCGAGUGCCGGGUUGUCGCUGGUGGGGCGGGCAGGGGCGGGCCAACUCCUCGUCUGCCCUCCCCUCCUGGGCCUCGCUACCUGCGGCCUCGGCCUUGGAGAGGUUCUAACCUCGGCAGUGUACGAGUCCUUUAGUCGUAUGCUUGUACGGAGGUGCCGCUAAAAGCCAAGUAGAUGAGAUCAUUUCACACUCUUGUUUUGAAAGAAGUGGUCAAAGGAAAUGGAUAGCUAUUCUGACUUCAAUGGAAACAACCUCUCAUCUUCAGUUAAUAUGUCUGUUUCUUUGCCUGAAGAACUUGGACUCAAUGCCACCAGCAGUACUCCUUCUAUGUCAAUAAGCAGGCUUUUCCCAGCCUUGUUAGAAUGCUUUGGAAUAAUUCUUUGUGGAUACAUAGCUGGAAGAGCCAACAUUAUCACAUCAACUCAGGCCAAAGGACUGGGAAAUUUUGUGUCCCGUUUUGCACUCCCAGCUCUACUGUUUAAAAACAUGGUGGUACUUAAGUUUUCUAAUGUGAAUUGGUCCUUCCUGUACAGUAUUUUAGUUGCCAAAGCUGCUGUGUUUUUCUUAGUCUGUGUUUUAACAUUGUUGGUAGCAAGACCCGAGAAUCGAUUUAGCAAAGCAGGCUUGUUCCCUAUUUUUGCUACACAAAGCAAUGACUUUGCACUGGGAUAUCCAAUAGUUGAAGCUUUAUAUCAAACCACUUACCCAGAAUAUCUCCAGUACAUUUACCUAGUGGCUCCAAUAUCUCUGAUGAUGCUAAACCCCCUGGGGUUUAUCUUCUGUGAAAUCCAGAAGUGGAGGGAUAAUCGCACUGUGUCACAAAGCAAAAUCAAAAUAGUGGGCCUAGCACUUCUUCGAGUUUUGCAGAACCCAAUUGUGUUCAUGGUCUUCAUAGGAAUUGCCUCAAACUUUAUUCUUGGCCAGAAAAUUCCUGAAUACCUUGAAAACUUCCUUGAUGGACUGGGCAGUUCAUUUUCUGGCUCUGCACUUUUUUACCUUGGACUAACUAUGGUGGGACAAACUAAAAAACUGACAAAGAGUAUGUUUGUUACACUGAUCCUUCUCAUCACAGCUAAACUACUUAUGAUGCCAUUUCUCUGUAGGGAAAUGGUGGAACUCUUUGACAAGAGUGACAACGUCGUCAACCAUACCAGUUUAUCAAACUAUGCAUUUCUUUAUGGAGUUUUUCCAGCAGCACCUGGUGUCGCAAUAUUUGCAAGUCAAUUUAAUAUGGAAGUGGGAAUUAUUACCUCAGGCAUGGUGAUAAGCACUUUUGUGUCUGCACCUAUUAUGUAUGUUUCUGCAUGGCUGCUGACAAUUCCAUCUAUGGACCCCAACCCACUGGCAUCUGCACUCCAAAAUGUUAGCUUUGACAUAAGUAUUGUCAGUCUUAUUUCUCUGAUCUGGUCUCUUACUGUUAUUCUUUUGAGUAAGAAAUACAAACAGCUUCCUCAUAUGAUUACAACAAAUCUCCUUGUUUCUCAGUUUAUUGCUUGCAUUGGAAUGGUUGCAUGGAAUUUCAUUGUUAAAGAGGAGGACAUUACUCUGCAGAUCCUAGUAUUUAUAUUCCUCUACAGCUCACUUUAUAGCACCUACCUGUGGACAGGUUUUCUGUCUUUCUCUUUGUUUCUGCUGAGGAAGAGAGAAACAGUAAAGAUUCCCGUUGGGUUCAUUAUCGUAGCUGGAUGGGGAAUUCCAACACUUCUGGUGGGAAUCUUGCUAAUUUUUGGUGAAUGUAACAACACUAGUAUUGACUCUGCCUUUUUCUAUGGAAAAUAUCAGAUAAUUACCACAGCAGUGAUUCUUUUCAUCAGUAUAUUGAUGUCAGGUAUCUCACUUAUGUGCAUGAACAGAAGUAGGGAAGAGUCAAGCUAUGAGGUGUUGAACCCAUAUUCACCACGUAGCCAAGUGGAGGAAGUUGAAGUAGGAGGGAGUGAAGGGAAUCAGGUUUCAGCCACUGUUCCUCAGUCUUCUGCAGCAUCUUCUGCACAGAAUUCUCCAGAGUCUCCUGCACAGCUACCUGCUGAAAGAGGUUGCUGUUCUUGUCAGACAAUAAAUGGUGAAUUAUCCUGUGCUGGAGAAAGCAAAGUGUCAAAUUCUGUUGAAAGCAAAGUUCCUCCAAUUGAAACAGCUGAUCAGUGUGUGAAUCGUUGCAGUGCUCAAACCUGUGUAUUGGCUCAGGAAGAACAGCUUCUACAGACUGGAGACAAACAGUUGGCCAGACAUGUGCUGCUGUGCUUACUUCUUGUUGUUGGCUUGUUUGCUAAUCUUUCCAGUUGUUUGUGGUGGCUAUUCAACCAGGAGCCUGGAAGGCUGUAUGUGGAAUUGCAGUUCUUCUGUGCCGUGUUUAAUUUUGGUCAGGGUUUCAUUUGCUUUGGUAUUUUUGGCUUAGAUAAGCAUUUAAUCAUUCUACCAUUCAAGCGAAGACUGGAAUUUUUCUGGGGAGGAAGAGAAGCAGCAGGGCACAGCGAUCCCUCUGUACCUGAGGAAAUAAGGAUGACCUGUCAACAGUUUGUUCGUUAUCAUAGAGAUCACUGUGUCAAAAGUAUUGUCAGAGGCAGAAGGUGUGGUGCAAAGAUCUCCACUGGCAUCUUCUUUGGCUGUGACCUGGUGAACUGGCUCAUUCAAGUUGGCCUCGCCUCUGACCGUGGUGAAGCCGUGAUGUAUGGAGACAGACUGAUGAAAGGAGGCGUCAUCCAGCAUAUCACAAACGAGUUUGAAUUUCGGGAUGAAUAUUUGUAUUACCGCUUUAUUCCGAAGAGAUCAGUUCCAGUUGAGAGUCAUUGACUUGAGCAUGUAGACAGAGGACAGGCAAUUAGGGGUGAGUCUGACCACCUCGUCUGCCUUCACCACUGGAAUUGGCAGUAUUUCAGUCCUGGGGCUCCCCAAGAGUUGUGCUAUUUUCUCUUUUAAAGUUAAGAGAUGUGGUUCUACUUGAGUCUAACCUGAAUGAAAUGGUAGCAACUGAUAUUUGCUGAGUGUUCCAACCCAAAUGCAACAAGAACAAAGUAAGAUGCUCUGCAUCUAGAGCAUUUUUUUUUCAAUUUUGAACAAAACACAUAGUAAAAUGUGUGUCGCUGUCAUAUUAGAGAGGCAUUAUAACAGCAGCUUUAGCGACUGGUGCCACAAGUUAAAACAAACCAACCAAACAAAACAUGAAUGGGAGAGAUUUUUCAUGUUACUCUAUUUUCUCCGUAUUUUAGUGUGAUAAAAUAGCAAGGUUUAUGGUCAGGCUUUCUCCUAACUUCAUGGAAGAUUUCUUCCAUCAUACCCGUUUUUACUACUCUACUCCUAUCUAGCCCCAGAAAACUUUUCUAGCUGUUUACACCUCAGGCCAGGUGGUUAACUUCUUCCUUAAAGAUAAAAUCCUCUAUUUGUAAAAUCAGAAUUGUUGUGAAGGUGAUUCUGAUGUGAGGUAAUACUGAGUGGAAGAAAUUAUAGUUUUGUACAAACUUACCAAAUUUUAAAACUGUGUAAAAAUAUCCACCACUUCCCCACGUUAGGAAAAAAAGUCCCAUAUAAUGGAAUUUCAUAUCAAAUUGUUGUUUCUGAUGUUUUGCCUUAUGGUGGCAGUAACAGCUUUGUCAAGAGUAGAUCUUUUAAUUUAUUAUUUUUUUUCCCUUCUGAAAUUAGCUAUUCCAGUUUAAUUCAGAAGGGCCAGCCUUAAAUAAAGAUGUUCUGGAUGCCUUGACUUGUGCAGGUAUCCCAGACAAAGUAAAUUAUCAAAUCAUAAAGCUUUUUAACUUAAAUAUUUACAUCUGUUAUAUAAAGAAUCCAAACUGAACAUCCAAGUUAGGGUUUAGAGUAGCUAGAGAACCUAAAUUUUUGGUAUUGGAUGCCUAGCACAGAUUUCUAGUAUCCUCCUAUGAUGAUUAAAUACCUACUCUGAUGUCAUUCAGAUUCCUGUGCACUGAAGGCCGAAACUGUGUCUUCUGCAGUGUUUUGGAAAAGGUAAAAGACAAACUGUAGCAUCUGAUAGCCAUUAUACUGUCUUUUUAAAACUGCAAGAACAGCAUUUAUAUACCUAUAGAAAAAUUUUAUAUGGUGAGGGAA